UUGUUUAGGCUGGUCUCUCUCAAAUGAGAUGUCUACUUACCGUUUCAGGCUAUUAGUUCCGGCUAUCAGUCUCAGCUGCGACUGCGUGCCAAUCGCCUCGUUUGGCUCUCUCUGUUCGUUUAACCUCCGCCAGACACUCGCUUUCAGGCUUAAAAAACAGAACUAGAAAAAUACAGCUCUUACCUUUUUGGAGCGACGGAAUCUGCCACAAAUCAGCUCGCUUUCGCCGACCUCCGGCUCUGUUUGAGCCUUCCAUUCCAGUUUUCGCUUGAAUCGAAGCACCAAGUCAAUCUUAUCGCCCACCAUUCGUGGGUUAGUCGUCCUUAGCAUUGAGCAGUCUUCUCGAGUUAUCUUCAGCGUUCCGUAGACUCUCCGGGACCUCCUCAACGCGGAGCAAUUUUCGCGGAAGCUGCAGCCGCUGGACUAGUGCCAUUUGAAGGUCUGUUCAGCUGGUUAAUGAGACCAGUUUAGGAGCAAGUCUGCGUCGCGGGCGAGUCCGGCUCGAAAGACGAGUUGAAUCGGGGAGACGAGUGUCAGUGCGUACAGCUGCUAGCUAAUCGAGCUCGGAACGGAAAACAGUCCGGCUGAAAGGAAAGGCCAGCGGAAAGACGAGUCGAAUCGGGGAGACGAGUUCUGCUUGUACAGCUGAUCGAGCUCGGAACGAUGUGGGGAGCGGCGGGCAGAACGAACGCUCAGAAGAUUCAGACAAUAUUCAACAAGUUCGUGGGCGGCUCGGCGCGCAGCGAUGGCAUUGUGGUGGACGAAGCGGAGCUCCAGCGGCACCAGCAGCUGGAGCGGCUGUACAACACGACCAAGUCGGCUAAGCACUUCCAGCGCGAGAUGGUGAAGGGCAUCGAGGGCAUCAUCAAUGCGAAUCUGAAGCACAUCGAAUCAAUUGCAAAGCUGUCGGAGGAAUGCCGCAAGUACGGCGCGCCAGAGAGCCCGGGUGGCAGCACGGUGCUGGGCCGGGCGGCGCUGCACUUUGGGGCGGCACACUCAGCGAUAGAGAAGGAGAGAGAUAACAUGGACAGGACGCUGGGGACGCAGGUGGGCGACCCGCUUAAAGCCAUGGUCACGGGCGCGCCUCUGGAGGACGCCCGCAGUCUGACCCACCGCUACGACAAGCUGAGGCAGGAGGCAGAGGCGCUGGUAUCGGAGAUCCAGAAGCGCAACCAGAAGGCCAGGGAUGGCCUCAGCAACCCUGAGAAUGCUGCUAAGCUGCAGAUGGCAGAGCAGAAGAUGGGCGAGCUCGCAGCCACCAUGACGGUGCUGGGGAGGGAGGCAGCGACGGCAAUGAUGGCAGUUGAAGCGCAGCAGCAGAGGCAGUCGCUGCAGCGGCUGAUAGGCAUGGUGGAAUCUGAGAGGGCGUUUCACCAGCGAUCAGUGGAAAUCUUAAGCCACCUGCACGCGCAGAUGGUGGGGGAGAGGCAGAAGAGCGACCACAGCGGCAACAACAGUACCGCCACUGCGACCCCUGCUGGUGGGGGUGGGGGCAGCACCAACCCGUUUGCAGGCUCGGCCGAGCCUCCCCCCCCGAGCUACGAGGAGGUUCGGGGCGGCGGUGGAGGAGGGUCGACUGGAGGGGGGUCGAACCGAGCGGGAUAUUUCCUUGCUGAGGUGGUGCACGCAUUCGAGGCGGAGGGUCCCGGGGAGAUCUCCCUGAAUAUCGGGGAUUACGUGGUGGUCAGACAGGUGUCGCCCAACGGUUGGUCAGAGGGAGAGGCGAAGGGCAAGGCUGGCUGGUUCCCUUCGGCCUUCGUGGAGCGAAGACAGCGGGCCCCAGCAAGCAAGAUCCUGGAAGCUUCCGGGGCCUUGUAAUGGUGCUAGUGAAGCCUGUUGAAAUCCGAACCAGUUAUCAACGUAGCCAGUUUUAAGAGAUGCAAGGGUACACGCAUUAUGCAUUCAUAUUGAGCAUAUGAGACAGCAUGAGGUUUUGCAGCUUUGUGCAGGUGUACCAGAGUAGUACUGGUUCCAUACUUUUGUCCAAAUGACUUGGCCUUUUCAGUUGGCUUGCUUCCUGCCAGCCAGUCCACCUCCCCAAGGACUGCUUCACCUACCCUGAUCUCUCA